UGCCUCCCACUUUUCUCAACGUUAUUUGGAAAGUCAGAGUGGAAGUAAAAUAGUCCAACUGCGAACCAAAACGGGGUCAGUUCAUCUGGAUACUUCAAAACUCCUAAUAACGUCACAAAUCCAGUGUGUGGGUCCUCCAGUGAGUUGGAGAUUGAGGAACCAUGGCACCGUUUGAACGCUUUAUUUGGACUAUAACUAUUAUAUUGGUGCUUGGAAGCAUUGGAUCCUGUAUUGCAUGUGGUAGAGCUGAGUACAGAAUAGGGGAUGAAUGUUGUCCCAUGUGUUCACCAGGAAAUCAUGUACAUAAGCAUUGUACUGAAUUCACCAGCACCAGCUGUGUGCCCUGUGUUGAUUCUACGUUCCUUGAUGAGCCCAAUGGUCUCAUAAAAUGCAAAGUGUGUAUCAACUGUGAUCCAGGUUUGGGUUUGAAGGUAAGGCAGCCAUGUAGACCUUCAUCAGACACUGUCUGUGGGACACUGGAGGGGUUCUACUGUCUAGACCCAACUAAGGAUGGUUGUAGAGCAGCCCAGAGACACAGCAGCUGUAAACCUGGUCAAUACAUCAGCCACACAGGAACAGCAUCUACGGAUACUGUGUGUGCUGAUUGCACUGGUGAUACUUAUUCAGAUGGAUCAUUAACAUCCUGCCAGCCACACACACAGUGUAAAUCCUUAGGUCUUCAAGAACUUAGACCAGGAACUCAUUUGUCCAAUUCUGAAUGUGGACCACAAUCCUCAAGAAUAGAACCUGGAAUCAUCAUUGGUGUUGUUGUGGCAUCAGUCCUAAUAGCUCCUAUUAUUAUAAUAAUAAUAAGAAGGAUAAUUGUAAUUCUAAGGAAGAAAAGAAGUCCAACAACAGUGACUUUUUCUCCAGUGACAGUAAAUGCUGUAGAGGCAUCAUCAGAUUUAGAGGAAACACCAAGCAAUGUAGUACAAUGAAACAGAAGAAAGUACAGCAUCUUGCAGGUGUUAGUUUUGUAAAUGAUUCAAGCUCUGACCGCACUCAUCAUUACAAAUACUACCUGAGGCAUAUCGUACCACUACUAUUCUAAAUUGCAGAGAUUUAGGAUUACCAAGAACUCAUGUUGAGUGUGAGCAAGACUUUCGAUCGUCUAGUGGACUAUGCAGAAAUAAUCGAGAAUGGCAGACAAAGGAGCUGCUCUCACUUAUGACUCCACUGUCUGAUGAAGAAACAAAGCCGCUUGAUGACAAUGGAUCCUCCUAAAGAGGUCAAAGGGCAGACAAACCUCUCAGGCAGUAACAUCCCAGUCUGCUUCAGUGGCUCAGAAAUCAGGAGCAAACCCAGACUCAGAGAUGGAUAGGUAAGAGAUAGCAUUAUCAUAAUCAAACCCAGACUCAGAGAUGGAUAGGUAAGAGAUAGCAUUAUCAUAAUCAACCCCAGACUCAGAGAUGGAUAGGUAAGAGAUAGCAUUAUCAUAAUCAACCCCAGACUCAGAGAUGGAUAGGUAAGAGAUAGCAUUAUCAUAAUCAACCCCAGACUCAGAGAUGGAUAGGUAAGAGAUAGCAUUAUCAUAAUCAACCCCAGACUCAGAGAUGGAUAGGUAAGAGAUAGCAUUAUCAUAAUCAACCCCAGACUCAGAGAUGGAUAGGUAAGAGAUAGAAUUAUCAUAAUCAACCCCAGACUCAGAGAUGGAUAGGUAAGAGAUAGCAUUAUCAUAAUCAACCCCAGACUCAGAGAUGGAUAGGUAAGAGAUAGCAUUAUCAUAAUCAACCCCAGACUCAGAGAUGGAUAGGUAAGAGAUAGCAUUAUCAUAAUCAACCCCAGACUCAGAGAUGGAUAGGUAAGAGAUAGAAUUAUCAUAAUCAACCCCAGACUCAGAGAUGGAUAGGUAAGAGAUAGCAUUAUCAUAAUCAACCCCAGACUCAGAGAUGGAUAGUGAUGAUUUGCUCACCCCCUGCCAUGUCAGCUGACCAGGAAUGAGGCAAGCCGCCUCGUUACCCCUGAGACUGUCUGGAGGCCUUCCUCUCCUCUGAGGACCCAGCGAGGGUGGAGCACAGUGAGACACUUCUACAGCCAGAGAGUCAAGAAAUGGAACAGCAAGGCCACAGAACAUGACAUAUGCAGAGCUGUGGGAGACCACCUGAAGCAUUCCCCUGGUAGAGCCAGAGGAUGGUGUUUACCACACCAACACCAAACGUCUUCAACAGGCUUGAAAAGUGGGAUUGAUCUGUUUGAUCCAUUUUUUUUGUUUCAGUUUUCAUUAGUUGAAUCCUUCGACUUAUUAAUGAUAAAAAUAAAUGUUUUUAACAAAAAUGCACUGGAUUCGUUCAAAUGUGAUACUAAACAUCCAUCAUUUUGACACAGAGGAAGAUAUGCUAAAUUUAUACAGUUUUUGAUUCUAAGAUGGACCAAAAUAUAUGUUCCUUUUGCACAUUUCUGUUCAUUAGUUUUGCAAGAAUUUUGAUUGGUCGGUCAUUGGGUUCAUUAGUAUAGCAAUAUGUUGAUGCCAUUGAUUAAAAGAGUAAGAAUAUGAUGCAAUAUUCGACACUUGUUUUACUUCAUUGUUUGCAAACAAUAUAAUUGUAAAAAAAAAAAAUGUCAGUUGGUUGCAUAAAUAAUGACGAUUACUACAUGUUAUAUGAAAUAUCAAAACGGAAUUGUUCAAAUGUAAUGGCUAUAAUUCACUUAAUGGUAAGGUAUGGAAUAAUAAAUGUAUCCUUUUUCACACUGGAUGUUUGAAAUAUGAGUAGAUGAUGAUUUGAGUCAGUCUUCUUCAUAAGUGGAAUAAAGACAAUUAGCACAAAUGUUGUACAGAAAUACUGGGUGUAAAUACUGGAGUGAUGUGUGAUG